AUGGGGUCGGUGAGUCUGUGUAGAGAUGAGGUCAACUCGUCUUUGCAUCUUCCCUGCCAGGCUGAUCCCCUCUCCGGUUCUGAUGGUUGCUGCCUUGCGCCGCACCUCAACGCUGGGGGGAUCACCCGCCGCAGUGGUGGUACCCGGGACCCAGCCACGCUGGAUCCCCUGGUGCCCCCGCUGUGGUGA